AACUUCAAGUUUCCACCCACUUUGAAUAGGCGCUCCUAUCUCUGGAGAAUUGACUGUUAGGUGACCCCAUUCCUGCCUCUCUUACCCCGCCCACUCUCCUGAUCUCUGAUUAGCCAGAUCAAGUUUGCUUACUGUUCUGAUUGGUUGGUUGUCCUUGGUCGGUUGAAUUGUGGGAUUUCGUCCCGAUAUCGAGCGGCACUUUGUCGCCACUUCACCUCUGAGAACCUUUGGCCUUGUGUCUGGAGAGACCCAGGCUGUGUUCCUUCUAGAUAAGCGCCAUGAACAUAGGCAGCGUCUUCAAAAACUCCAGAGGAGAUAGGCAGAAAUUAAAGAAGGAACCCAAGGCUUUCAAGGAUAUUUCCAAAUACUUCUCUAAGGAAGAGUGGGCACGUUUGGGAUACUCGGAGAAAAUCAGCUAUGUGUAUAUGAAGAGAAACUAUGAAACCAUGACUCGCCUAGGUCUCAGGGGUACCCUACCAGCUUUCAUGUGUCCUAAAAAGGGAGCCACAAAAUCCAAGCAUUGUGAGGAAAAGGAUGAAUCUCCUCAAGGGACUUCCAGCAUGCAAUUGAGAAAACGCCAGAAGAAGGUGACGCCCAAGAAGCCUGUAAAGGAAAAAAAACGUUCGGAGUUAGAACCAGGAACAUCAGGCCCAGAGCAGGCGCAGAGACAGCUGCGCCCCCUGGACAAAGCAAGUACCUCUGCUCAACAGAGUAAGAAAACAUCAGGUAAGAGAAACAACUUUUCUUACUUGUUUGGGAACAACUCCUCUGUCUUCCCUGGCCAUGUUCAAGUGAAUGGGUUAGUCAUAGGAGAUGUAUCCUGGACAGGCCUGGGGCCAGGCUGGGCUGAGAGCUUGCUCAGCUCCAGCUGAAACUUUUGAGCUGACUUCCAGGGUCCUCACUGCUGGGGCCUGGAUUUGAUCCCUGAUCAAGGAACUAAGAUCCCACAAACCACUUGGCAUGGCCAAAUUUUUUUUUAAAAGCUAACUUACAGAACCACAGAUCUGAGUUGUCAUCGAUAUGAAAGCCAUGUAACUGGAAGAAGCCUUUCAAAUUCUCUGAGCUCCAGAUUCCUAGUCCAUAAAAUGGAAAUAAAGAAUUGGAGUUCGCAGGCUGUUCAAAGGUGUUCAAUUCAAGGGACUUUGCUGGCAGUCCAGUGGUUAAGACUGCGCUUAUCUGCAGGGAGCAUGGGUUCAAUCCCUGGUGGGGGAAUUCAGGUCAUUCCAUCUGUGAUAACUUGGGAACACAUCUUACUCAGAGUUUUAUCCCCACCCUCAGCUCAAAGCCUGAUACACAGUAUGCCCUUAACAUAUCUGCUGAGUGAAAGAAGGUCAGAAUAAAUGUGGUAAGUAAUCUAAACUUGCUUACUGGGACACUAAACCUGACGAUGAAAGGAGCCAGAAGCUAAAACUCUUAACUGCCGUUUGGUGUGUAUUUGGUGUGUUUUGGUGCGGGUUUAACCUCUCAGCCUCUUCGAGCCAGAAAGUGUGCAAAACAGACUAUGUAGAAGUCCUGUGGCCACUUGGGAGGGAGAAGGCAUCUCCUUAUCUGACAAAACAAGACCCGACACUCCCUAACCCACCCAAACCCCAUUUACCAACUCUUCUCCAGGAUCCAAGAGAAAGAAGGUUAAUGUUUGGGCCUACAGACUGCGAGAAAGAAAUCCGGUGGCCUAUGAAGAGAUCAGUGAUCCCGAGGAGGAU